AUGAAUGUAAUUUUCAAAUCAAAGGAUAUAUCAGGCAAUUUCAUUAAAAAAUAUAACCACCAUCCAAUUAUUAUAAUUGAUAAUGUUCAUUUACUGAAAGAUAUAGAAGAUGAGCAGAAAAUCCUCAAAUUAUUUGCCUUAGGAUCUAUUUCAAUUGAUCCUUUAUUUAGUGUUGUUCUAUCCUCUAGUGAAGGGUGGACAAUUAGUCAUAUCUUGAAAGAACUUGAUCUUCAAAGAACUAAUCAAAUAACUGAUAUUUUCCAAGAAUUUAAUGAGACAACUUCUUAUCACUUUCACCACUGCAUGAGAAAAGAAGACUCUGAAGAAUAUGUGCAAAAAGCCUAUCAAUUUAUCAAGGGGCAUCCUUUAUGGUACGACAUGUUUUUUAGAUCUGUUUCGGAAUCUAGCGGUCCUAUUAAUGAAAAGACAUUCCUUAAGGCAAUUAAGCGUUUACUCAAUACAGCGAACUAUAACUUCAAGCAAAUGUCUAUUUACUUUAAUAAUAUUAAAAAUGAUAACCAUGAUGUGCUGCAAGCAAUGUACUGACUUAUCAAAAGCAAUGAUCCUAUUCCUCUUUCCAGUCUUGAAAAAUAUCUUUCAGAUGAGAUUCUUUCAGGAAAUAUAUUCAGAGUCUUCUACGACGAUCAAUUGGUUGAUUUUCAAUCAAAUAUUCAUCGCAUAUAUGCUUCAAUGAAAUUUGGACUCUUCGAAUAUCCGGGGCUUGAGACGAAAUCGUUUGAGAAGUUUUGCAAACAAUUUAAUCUGAAGUUUAAAGAAUUAGAUGAAUUAGAGCCUACUCAGACAUCAUCAAGUUCAAAGUUGGAAAAAGAUAGUCUAAACUACGAAGCAAAGAAGACUACUCAGAUAUCACCGGGUUUAACGUUGGAAAAAGAUGGUCUAAAAGAUGAGGCAAAGAAGACUGAUUUAUAG